GAAUUUUGAUGAACGAGAAACCCUACACAAACCCAAAGAACAUACGAAGCGCCCAGAGAGAAUUUCAAAGAGAUGGAUGCGAUUAGGAAGCAGCUGGACGUGCUGAUGGGAGCAAAUCGAAACGGAGAUGUGACAGAAAUCAAUCGGAAGUACUAUGAUCGUGAUGUCUGUCGUCUCUUCCUCGCCGGCCUUUGCCCUCACGAACUUUUCCAGUUAACUAAAAUGGAUAUGGGACCAUGUCCGAAGGUGCACUCACUGCAGCUGAGGAAAGAAUACGAAGAAGCAAAAGCAAAAGGCGUGGAUAGCUAUGACAGGGACUUGGAGGAUAUUAUUGACAGGCUUAUUAUUGAAUGUGAGAGGAAAAUUACUAGAGCUCUUAAACGGCUUGAAGAUGACGAUGCCAAGGCUGCUAUUGCCAUAUCUGUGUCAGAGGUUACACAGACACCAGAUUCACUUGAGUUGUCCAAAGAGAUCAAAGAAAGAAUGAAAGAAGCUGAUCAAUAUGAUCUUGAAGGCAAGACAGAUAUGAAAAUCCGGGCUAUGGAGAUAGUAGAUGAACUCAGAAUAAAGAGAGCUGAUCAACAGUCAGUACUUCUUUUAGAUGCGUUUAACAAAGACCGGGCUUCUUUACCUCAACCUCCUCCCAAUGUUUCUUUACAUGUUGUGGCACCUGAUCCUCGUACUCAAGAGGUGAUAAAUGAAAAGCUCAAGAAGGCUGAAGAGCUUGGUGAACAGGGAAUGGUUGAUGAGGCCCAAAAAGCAUUGGAAGAAGCUGAAGCACUGAAAAAGCUUGCUUCAAGACAUGAACCAGUUGGGGACUCUACCAAGUACACUGCUGCUGAUGUUCGCAUUACUGAUCAGAAGCUACGGGUUUGUGAUAUUUGUGGUGCUUUCUUGAGUGUUUAUGAUAGUGACCGACGCUUGGCAGAUCAUUUUGGAGGCAAGCUUCAUUUGGGCUAUAUGCAAAUCCGUGAUAAGUUGGCUGAACUUAAGGAUGAAAGAACUAAGAAAAGGAAGGCACUUGAUGAGGAGAGAAUAUCAAAGGAGCAAAGUCGAGAACGUGUUCGCGAAUCUAGUAGGGAGCGAGAAAGGGGAGAUAGUCGUGAACGUGUGAAGGAUCAAGACCACCGGAGGAGUAGGGAUCAUGACCGAGGCUAUGAUAGAGACUAUGAACGCGAGAGAGGAAGAGAUAAUUCUCGCAGCUAUGACCAACGUAACCGUCGCAGAUCACGGUCGAACGAUCGUUCAAGGGACUACGGUCGCAACAGGCGACAAGAUCGGUAUUGAAGAAUGGGAAAUGUGUUUGUGUUUUCGUUUUGAGCGGUUUUAAACUCAUUUUGAGAGACGAUUAAUUAGGUGAGACUAUUCUUGCUAACUCAAUCCGAAUGGGAUUUGCUUUGCUUUGAUUUGAUUAGUUGUAACUUUUAGUCAUGACUCAAUGUUGUUUACUUUGGGUAGAGGAGGAGGAGGAUCAUAUAUUUAUUCUUGUUAUGUUUUUUUUAGUACACAUCAUUUUAUCUUGUUUCAAAAUACCUUAAAAUUGACUCGUUACUUAUUUUAGAAGCCUCAAAUUAUCUCUAAAUGAUGCUUAAUUACUUAUUUGAUUACAUUAUUGACUUUC